AAACCCAUGGGUCCAUACUAUAAAAGUCAGACAAAGUGAUGUGUCAUAGGGCAGUAGCUCAAAAGAGAUAUAGAGGUACAUCAACAGUUUCAAUGCUGAACACAGACCCAGAAACACAGAGACAACAUGAAAGCUGUUGCAGUCCUCUUGCUGGUGAUGUGUCACCUGGCCGUCAGUCAUGCCUGGAAAUGCAGAGCAGCCCCACAGUUGCCUACUAUAGUGCAGAUUGAUGCUGGACAAGGAAAAGUAGUUGCAAGAGAUGCAAGCUACUCUGUGUAUAUGCUGUGUGGAACGACUUGGUUCAAACUGGGCUCACCUAGACUCAAGCAUGUCACAGUAGGGCCUGGAGGAAUCUGGGGAGCUGACACUUCAAACAGGGUCUACAAAUAUGUAAAUGGACAAUUUCGAGUAGCUAGUGGUCUUUAUAUGCAGCAGGUGGAUGCUGGAGGUGAUGGUCAGAUUGUGGGAACUACUUACAACUACUAUGGCUACUGUCUGAGAAGUUACCUUGCUGCUGCCUUCACUGGAACGGGCUCCCUGAGCUGGACUUAUAGUUCAAUUUAUUUGAGGUACUACAGCUGUGGCCCACUAUACGGAUGCUGGGCAGUCGACACCAGUUUUCGGAUCUGGUUCACAAAGAAAAUGGUACCAACCAGCUGUGGCAUCAGUAGCUGGAAACGCAUUUCAGGGGCUGCAAAGAUGGUUGAAGUGGGGACUGAUGGAACCGUCUUUGUAGUGACUCGAGGCGGCCACGUCUUUCAAAGAACUGGCAUCACCAGCGGUCGUCCACAAGGCACAAGCUGGACCAAAAUCAAAAUGUGUUUGUCCAUCCACCAUCUGUCCUACGACCAGAGCCGUCUUUGGGUCGUGAGCAAAGGUGGCAUUGUCAUGCAGUGCACUCAGUAAUGUGUCUGCUGUCCUCACUGUAAUCUUUUCUCUUUCGGAUGAUUCCAUGACACAAUGAAAAAAUAAUCAACUUGUUCUAAUGUGGGUCUUCUUUAACCGUUCCUCCUUACUUGACAACAGUCAAAAAUCAGGUUCGGAAAUAAGUUGAUUCUUUAAUGAUUCUCUCUUGAUGAUUCAGCAAUGAUGCACAAAACUCUAUAAUUAAAAAAACUCCUUUAGAAUGAAGCAUGUUAACACAUGUGACAUCUACCUGCUGUACUUUCUGUUGCAUUAAAAAUGAGAAUAAAAAAACAAUAAAACCAA